AUUAUAAUAAAUAAUAACAUGCGCCUUUCUCAUAAAGUCAUUGUUCUCUAGAUUACGACAGCAUCUUUAAAAUGAUGAAUUAUUUCUGCACGAAUAGUUAAGCAGUGAAAUAACUAGUUAUUCCCAAUGAAUGAAUUCCUAACGUUUACGGAAGGGGGUUAUUAGCAUGAAAGUGAUGAAGCUUACUUAAACAUGAUGAAGUUAGUUUUAUAGUUAUCAUUUUGUGAUAGAUCGGUAUGACUCUUUUUAUGUUAUUGACAGGAAGUUUAUUUUUUGUUGGAGUAUUUAAUGUUUUCCCUAGAAUUUUUGCUUCCAAACAUGAAUCUGCUGUUAAAAGAAUAAGAAACUUAGAAGAUCAACUUUAUAAUCAUUUAAAAGAAGAGUAUCCAGGCGCCUAUGUCAAUGAGGACCAAUUUCAUCUCCGUCAGUCAUUUACGUUACAGACAUACAAACGGAGAAAGAAUUUGAAUAAAGAACUUCUAUCAGAAAUAAACAAAUUAAGCCUAGAAUCGUUGGCCUCAGAAGAUAAAAUAAAUGUUCGAAUCUUACGGGACUAUGUGAAAACAUUUGUCAGAGGUCAUAGAUGGGUAAUGUAUGGUGCCCUGAAUCCAUUCAAUAAUCUAGAAGGUAUAUAUUCUACAGACUUGGAACAUUUACCCGUACAGAUUUAUGAACAGGUAUCAUUGAUGAGGAAGGCAAUACGAUUAAAAAGAACAAACCAUUUGUCAUCAAUGGUGAAUGUGAUAGGAAGAUUACAGAAUGACAGGAACCUACAUCUAUCUCCAUUUCUGUCACGGAAUAAUAGUAGCAUUUCCCAAAGAUCCUUUCAAGAUAAAGGAAUUUUAAGACAAGUUCAGAUGGCUCAUGAAGCAUUUGUCGAGCUUGGCUCUUUCCUUAUUAACGAAUACAUUCCAGCUACCCGAAACGCACCCGGUCUUCACUCCAUGAGAAAUGGAAUAGGAUAUUACAAAGCUUGUCUGAAAUUCCAUACUACAUCAGAUAUGUCUCCAGAUGAAGCUCACGUGAAAGGUUUAGACGAAGUAGAAAGAAUAGCAAAACAGAUUAAUAAGAUAAAAAAUCAGUUGAAUUUUAACACAGAUUUAACAACAUUUGUCAAACAUGUCCAAUAUCAUACAACUAUCACGCCAGAUCAACAAUUUUUGAUGGUACGUGACGUUUUAGAAACUGUGAACGACACACUACUAGAUACUGUUUUCUACAAGUUACAGAAACCCAAAGUUGCCAUGAUCAUCUUGAAUGGAAAACAAAUUACUGUAAAAAAUGUAGUGCAGAUACGUUUACAAUUUUAUGAUUUUAAACGGUAUCUGGUCUUUUCUUUCAGAUUACAUCCAAUUGUUGAUGGAAAAGAUUUGUCCUUAGGGUCAUACAGAAGUAACGUUUUCUAUAUAAAUGUUAAUCCUUCUAUAAACAGAUCAUCUUUACUGACGAUUCCAUUGGUAUUACAUGAGGCCAAUCCAGGUCAUCAUUUCCAGAAUUCAUAUGCAUUUAGCAGAAACCUUCCCCGCUAUCGUCAGAAUAUAUUCCACACUGGACUUCACACAGUACCAUUUAGCUAUCCAACUUAUACAGCAUAUAUCGAGGGAUGGGCAUUAUAUGCUGAAUAUUUAGGAUCAGAAAUGGGAUUAUAUUCAACAGUAUACGAUGAGCUUGGUAGAUUGAUUUCUGAAAUACUGAGAGCUUGUAGAUUAGUGGUGGACACAGGAAUACACGCAUUUGGUUGGUCAAGGGAGCAAGGAAUCGAGUACAUUCGGAACUAUACAGGAAGUGACCAACAACAGAUCGAAAAUGAAGUCGAUAUGAUAAUAACUUGGCCAGGAAGGGCAUGCGCAUAUAAGGUCGGAGAGAUGAAAAUAAAGCAGUUAAGAAGACGUGCAAAGAAUAUUCUUGGUCCUAAUUUCCGUUUAGAAGACUUCCAUGACGUUAUAUUGAGGAAAGGACCCGUAUCAUUAAAAAUUUUAGAUGACAUUGUUGGAGAGUGGAUUAAGGAUAUUGUUAAUGCCAAUGCUUCAAAUGGAAUAUGGACAAUCACAUAUGGUUAUUUCGCACUAUAUGCUAACACCAUAAUAAUUUUCUUUUUAUCAUAAAUGCAGGAAUGCUUCAUAGAAAAUUAUACGCACGGUUUCAUUAUUUAAAUGAAAUUCAUUGCAAAGUUUACCGUCCGCAUUAACAAACACUUCAACAUUACUAAAAAAGAUUGAUGGCUUUCUGACAAACGCGCAACCUCUAAAAAUACAAAUAUGCCAAUAAGAUAAUAAGAAUUU